UUAAGAUGAUUGAAGAAUCUAAUUUGAGUGCCCUGUCUGUUAGUCUGUGACGAUAUUUUAUACUGCCUACGUUAUACAAAUGUACGCACAGAAUAUUCUUUUGAAUGCAAAUAUUCUAACUUGAUUGAAAUGUUUAAAACAAACAAUGAAACCCUGUUGAAAGAAAUUUGUUGUUUCGUGAAUGAGUGUCAACUAAGCAUUUGAAGCAAAACUAUACCAAUAAAAUAGCAGGGCAUAUAAUCUAUAGUUACUAGCCCUUUCCGCAGCAGCAGCGUGACGGAUGUCAGCUGCGAACAGAGAGGAAGAAGAAGAAGAAGAAGAGAUUUUAUUUUUUAGUUGAAAACUUUGGUCGACUUCCGGUUGAGUGGCAAAUUUCGGAUAACGUGUUGUCGCGAUUCGCUUCGGAAAACAGUUAUUUUUACAUUAUACGGAAUCCUUCAAAAUAGGAAAAAUUGUAUAAAUUGAAAGCAUAUACGGUUAAACAGUGAUAUUUGUUGAAUUACGCGUAAAAAUUGCAUUUUUUAAGAGUGUGAAAGAAAAAGUGAAAAUCUAACCUCAAAAUGUCCGAUCCACCCGACAAGAGGCAGAGAUCGAAAACAUAUACUGUAUACGAAUACAAUGAACAUGACGUAUAUCCAUACAGAGUGAUUGUCCAGAUAAAGAAUGACGACAACGGUCAACAAAGGAUUAAUAAGUUAUCCCUGGGAAGAUUGUUUUUUAAACAGGACGAAUAUAAAAGAAGCAUCGAGAACAUGCGAGCUCUGGGCCGCAACAAGAUACUUGUUUUUCUGAAAGAUUAUAAAACAGCGAACAAGAUGCAGGCAGAUUCUCUUCUAAAAGAAUGCAACUACAAAGUUUACAUACCGCGCAGUUUUAUAUCAGUAACCGGAGUAGUAGCGGGUGUUCCAGUUGAUAUGGAACUGGAAGAAAUUUUAGAGAAUAUCAGCAGCGAAUACCCCAUCCUCGCAAUCAACAGAUUACACCGCUUUGAAGCAGGAAAUAAGCUACCAACCCAUCGAAUUAGCAUAGUUUUUCGUACCAGCAAAUUGCCUUUCGAAGUUCGACUGUACUGUUGCAUAAAUAAAGUGAGACCAUUCAUAAACAAACCCAUCAUAUGCCUCAAUUGCUUACGGUAUAAUCAUAAAACAGAUAACUGCCGCUCCAAAAAACGAUGCGGAAAUUGCUCUCUCCAGCACGAUGAAACAGAGUACGAGCACUGUCAGAAUAAAACAAAAUGUCUAUACUGCAGAGACAACGACGGCCACAAAACAUCUGAUGAAAAUUGCCCUGAAAGGAUCCGUCAAAAAAACAUCAAAUCUAUAAUGGCAAAGACCACACUCACCUACGUUGAGGUAAAAGAGCAGAACCCAAUAUUAACACAAAAUCGAUACGACAUCUUAGAUAACACCGACGAGUUCCCCACUAUCGCGGAAAGCUAUGCGAAGAUGGUCAAUGGAUCACAUAAACCUAUCAAUCAAAAACUGUACAAAGCACAGAACAAGCGUCCCAUAAACGAGGCCAGUUCCAAAACUCAAGAAAAAACGAACAUAGAUAAAAAGAAGAAAAUGGAGAGAGAAGAGCAACAGAACGGCGUAGCGUUGUUCAAUAAAUUUCGUGUCGACGAUUUCGAAAAAUGGGCUCGAACAAUUGAGGAACAGCGAAAGGAAAAAAUUGAAGAACAGAUGGAUACUCGAACAGUUAGAACUGGAAAUGGCUCGAAAACAGUAGCGAGUAACAACCAACAGCGUACAUUGAAUCAGAUGAAAGACAGGUCUCGUUCCCGAGACAGACCCGAUACAAGACCAAGCAGGUUAGAUUGGUCGAAGGGUGCAAUCAACAAGCAGUAAGUAUACACGUCAGAG